AUGGACCAUCAACACUCGAUACGCCACCUCAUGGAGGCGGCUACGGCUGACCAGUCCCGUAUGCUGCAGCAGACCAUUUGCUACAAUAGAGAGAGCAAUUGGUCCUUGUCCAUUUCAUGGGGCUACUCUGCCCACAUAUACCAGAAAAUCAUGCCUCGAAGCGCCCUGCAAAGGCCCCUCGAGACAUUCCAGCCAUUGAAGGCCACACACGCACGACCGUAUUUUAUUUUCGAUACGAGAUUACCUUCUAAUGAUUCAUGUCAUGCCCCCCAUGUCUUCUUCUUUGAGAAACUAGACAAGGUCUCAAUGGGAAUCCUCACCACCUACUCUCGAGCCAAGCCUCGCGGCCUACCGCCUUGCUCUUUAACUUCUCAAUAUAAACCUGAUCUCAUCUCCCAAAUCACUGUCCUUUCCUCGCCAAGUAAGCGGAAAGAGAUGGAUCGAUGUGAAUGUUGUGAUGUUGUUGGUGUGGGUGGCACUGGCACAUCUGUAGAUGUCAAGUUGAGGGAAUGCAGGGUGAAUGAAGUCAUUGCUUAA